CUGGGUCAAAUUAAUUCCUGUUUGAUUGGGUAAGUAGUCCGGUUUUUAUUCUCAGCUUGAUAUUUACAAAAAUUCUGAUGUCGUAAUACCAAAAAAAAUUGUUUUUUUCGGAUCAUAAAAAAAGUACAUAAAUGUCAGACGGGGCUCUGAAUUUUGUGUCCAUGGACGCCGUUAAUAAAACAGAUCAGCGCAAUAGGAAACGCAGCUUUCUCAUCACUGUAGACGAUAAUGGGAAGAUCGAAGUCAACCCUAAAGAUGAGACGCUGAAGGAAACUUGCAACUUCCAACAAAAAAAAAGCAAUCUCAAAAUAAAGAAGGCAUCGCGAACAGGAAAACAGCGGAUACGUAUAGCACUGAUCGAGGAGAAUGCGGACAGCUCUGAGGAGGAUCAGGAGGUGGCUGAAGACAAGAACGAUGUGCUGAGCCUUGAUGCGCAGUCCUUUGAGGCAAUGCAUGAUCGGUUUAUUAGAAUCUACAAUAAGAAUCUCCACGGCAAGCCGAGCUUUGUGGUGCUGGAGGAUGCUCUGGUGCGCAAGCGUAUCGAGGAUACGCUGCAGGAUCACUACAGUCGCACCACCUGCCAUUGCCAUGCCCAGCAACAGACAUCGUCCUGCGACAUUGGCGCCCACACAGGAUCCCAGACCGAUGAGUUCUUGCUGCAAUACGCUCUGCGCUCUCAGAUCAAGGGACACAGCAGAGGCUGCCAGGCAACCGAUGUCAAUAUUGGGAGUCCCCAGGCCAACAACAGCAAAAGGAACCUCCAGGUACCCUCCCUACGUCGGCUGAACCAAGUGCACCACAGCAAUCAAUCAGAAGCAACAGCAACGAGCAAUACCACUGCACCACAUGUAACCAUCAGUUUUGUACCACCGAAUGCAGCAACCGUGCCUGCUGUUGUCCAACCACAGCAACAGCCACUACAACAACAAUUAUUGCUGCCAGCAACCAGUCAGAGUCAAGUCCAUUGUUGCAGUAGCCACUGCGCUUGUGGUAACUGCAACAAUUGCUGUCUGCAAUUGCCAGCAAAUAGUAGCAGCUGCGCCGCCUGCUUUUUGAAGUCGCAACAGCAACACCCCCAACAGCAGCACCUUGGAAUAUCAUCAAAUUAUGUAAACAAUUGUCACAGUAAUUGUUGCUUGUUGAGGCCAUCGUUGGCACAGGCCACACUCGGAUAUUGCAUGCCCGGCCAUUGCAGCCAGCAGAUGUUGCUAGUACCGGAAACAUCGACCCAGCAGCAACGUCUGGAUUAUUCCAUUUCCAAUUGGCCUACACAAUCCUAUAAUCCCUGUCACUACUAUCCGAUGCCCACAUGCAACAUGGCUGCAUUCGGAGUGCCACAUUGUGCUAGUUGCCACAUGCCACAAGCGCAACAACAGCUACAGCAGCAACAUGUCUCUCAAACUGACAGCAGCAACAUGGAUAACAGUUUUGCAACCUCUCAUCCUUUAAAUCCAACCACUACGGAGCCACAAUCUAAAUCAGGACUUUCUAAAAUGAAGGAGAGCAACAAGCUGGAGCAACCAAAGGAGUUGGGAAACAGUGUCUCCCAGAAAAUUAAUAAGAAAGAGCGUUCCAAGGCGACGCCAUCUAAACUCUACAUGGCACGUUUUGGACGCACCUGCUUGAUACUGAAACCCAACGUAUCUUCAAUGCCACCCCGUCUGCACACAAAGCCCAUUAGUCGUACCACCUCGGAUAUGGCUUUGUCACAGAAGUGACAACAGUAAAAAUGAUUACUUUUUUCUAAUAAACAUCAAAUAGAUCCGAAAAA